AUGGAGCAGGGGUUAAACUCCCUAAGGCAGAAAGAAGGAAAGGAAGGCUUGCCGCCGGACUGGGCAAAGUCCGAAACACCGAUGGGCGCCAGCAAAUUCAGGAAAAGAGCCAGACUGCCAAGCCGAGGCCGGCCGGGACGGACUGUUCGGAGAAAAAGCCAUCCGUCACCUGCCCAUUUUCAUUCGUCCAGAAACGGAGCCCGGUUGGAUCAGAUUCCGUGCUGGACUAGUCAACUCUGGGUCUUGAAUAGGAUCCUUGUAAAAGUACCUAGACUGGGACUGGGGAACAAUGCGAGUCACGGUAAGCAAGCUGUAGACUACUCCAUGGCUGAUACCGAGUAG